GCCUCUCUCUCUCUCUAAGAAGACUCUCAGACCGAGUCUUUUCUCUUUCGGAUUUUCUCAGUUAAAGCUAAACACUUUCACUUCAUUUUCUCUUCCUCUUCUUUCUCCUGGUUAAGCUGACUUAAGGUAGGAAGCCUUAGUUUUUUAUUUCAAAGGUUGAUAAAAAGGAUGUCUAGUGGUGGAGACACACAUUGGUGUUACCAGUGCAGUCGUACUUUCCGGAUCCGGGGAGGAGAUGUUGUUUGCCCCUACUGUGAUGGGGGCUUUGUGGAAGAGAUUUGUGAGACUGAGAUGCACGGCUUGUCGCGACGUGAUGAAUUUAUAUCAGAUUCAGAAGUUUCUCAUCAAAUGCCUGAUAUAUUUGAUCUUAUGUUCGCGUUGAUGGGAAGAAGUGGUCCUGACCAAAGAUUUAUCGACACUAUCAGACAUAGAAUGGCUGGAAGGAACCCUAACUUUGAUGUUAGAGCAAGAUCUGGUCCUGAACACAACUGGGGUGUCUCUGGUUCUGCACCUUUGCUAAUUUUUCAGGGCCAAUUUCCUGGUUUGGCAUUCUCUCAUGGCAGCCCAGGACAUGGACGCAGGCGAGCUGAUUUUGGUGACUACUUUGUUGGCCCAGGACUGGAAGAACUCAUCGGACAACUUACUAUGAACGAUAGGCGGGGGCCUCCUCCAGCAUCUCGAUCUUCCAUUGAGGCGAUGCCCACCAUCAAGAUCACACAAGCGCAUCUUCGCACUGACUUGCAUUGUCCUGUCUGUAAAGAGAAGUUUGAGUUGGGUUCCGAAGCAAGGGAGAUGCCUUGUAACCAUAUUUAUCACUCUGAUUGUAUCGUUCCUUGGUUGGUUCAGCACAAUUCAUGCCCUGUUUGCCGUGUUGAGCUGCCUCCUUUGGGGACUAGUACUUCUCGCGGUAGCCGAAGCUGGGUUGGAGGUAGUAGUAGCGGAAGCAGCAGCAGUGGCAUAGAUGGGAGUACCUCUAGGGAGACUGGUCGUCAGAAUUAUGGAAGGAGAAAUCCAUUGUCGUUUUUGUGGCCUUUCCGCUCUUCAAAUCCGAACACUCGUCGUGAUUCUGAGACCGGAGGGAACAGCUCAUCGACCACCCGAGAACGUAACAACGAGAUGGGUUACUCUGGUUGGCCUUUUGAUUACUAGUGCUUUGUUUCUUUUCCUCGUCGAGUGCACUUGACGUGCCUAAUAAAGGUGGGUGAGUAAGUUCGUUGUAGAAAUGUCCUUUGAAGAUGGUACAUCUCUUACUGCAAUAUAUACUACUGAAAUGUUCUCAGGGUCAAUAUAAGCUUGCUUAACUUUCCUGUAAAUGUUGAAUUAGCUUUUAAGGGGCUUCAAAAAGGGCUUCAAAUUGUUGUUAAAAGGUGGUUGACAUCUUUCUUUUUUUUUUUUUCUUUUUUUUUUUGUGUGGAAUAUGAGGUGGGGGGAUUCGAACUCUAUAUCUUGUGAUGGAGUUGAAUUAUCAUUAGAUUAUACUUGCAACCAAAUGUUGUCAUUUUUACAAAA